AUGGAUACGGGAGUUUCUCCGACAAAAGAAGGAAAAAUCGACAACGGCUGUAAGGAAGAAGAAAAUCUGAAGACUAGCCAUGAAAGUAUUGAGGAGAAGACUGAUACAAAUGCCGCCAGUCUCGUCUUCUCGACCGGGGAGGAGAUCGGGGCUCUGGCUGGUUGUCUCGCUGUCUUCAAGAAACACAAGGUGAACCUGUCCCACAUCGAGUCUCGUCAUUCCGAGAAAGAUAAAGACAGCUAUGACUUCCUCGUAAACUGCGAUUCCCAUCAACAGGCACCAUUUAACGCAAUGGUUGACGAACUACGCGUACAUACAACCACAUUAAAGAUCCUUACACAGGAUGUCGAGGGGCUAGGAUCAGUCCCUUGGUUUCCAAGAAAAAUUAGCGAACUAGACAGAUUUCCCACCCAGAUCCUUAGUUACGGUUCGGAGCUGGACUCGGAUCACCCGGGAUUUACGGACAGUGUUUACAGAGCGAGGAGGAAAGAGUUCGCUGACAUAGCCUUCCAUUACAAACAUGGGGAUACCAUACCACGAGUAACAUAUACACAAGAGGAAAUCAAAACAUGGACUACUAUAUACGAUAAGCUGACUGCACUUUACCCAACACAUGCCUGUCGGGAGUUCAACCAUAUAUUCCCACUCCUGGAAGAGAACUGCGGAUACCGUCGGGAUAAUAUCCCACAGCUCGAGGACGUCUCCAAGUUCGUGAAAGACCGUUCUGGUUUCAUCAUACGACCAGUUGCUGGCUUAUUAUCUCCGCGUGAUUUCCUUUCAGGACUGGCCUUCCGAGUGAUCCAUGCAACACAAUACAUCCGCCAUAGUUCGAAACCUAUGUACACUCCUGAGCCAGAUGUGUGUCACGAGUUGAUCGGUCACGUGCCCAUCCUUGCGGAUCCGGCCUUCGCACAAUUCUCGCAGGAAAUCGGCCUAGCUAGUCUUGGAGCCCCGGACGAGUAUAUCCAGAAACUCAGCACGUGCUACUGGUUUACGUUGGAAUUCGGACUAUGCCGACAAGAGGGCGAGUUAAGGGCGUUCGGAGCUGGUCUUCUGUCGUCUUUCGGUGAACUUCAGUAUUGUUUGUCUGAUAAGCCCGUACUUAAGGAGUUCGAACCAACUAAGACGGCAGAACAACCUUACCCUAUUACUGAGUUCCAGCCAGUAUACUUCAUCGCCGACAGUUUCGAAGACGCCAAAGACAAGAUCAGAGCAUACGCGGACACGAUCCCCCGACCCUUCACUGUCCGGUACAACCCCUAUACCCAGAGCAUGGAGGUCAUCGACAACAAGAACCAGCUUCUGAACUUGACACGGACAAUCAAAGGGGAUAUGAACCUCCUCGAGGACGCUUUGAGGAAAGUUGGAGGAAUAUGAGCUGCUAAGUUUUGGGUUAUAUAGACGGCGCUACAGUAUUUCUUUAUUUAAAAUUGUGGAAAGUAUCACAAAAUAUUUUCGCACAGGACCACAAUUUCUACAAACUUGACAUAUACAUUAACUGCCAAAAUGUUGUUGUUUUCCCCCCGCAAUAUAUAUUUACCAUAUAUCGCAUUUAUUAGGUAAUAUGUAUUGGUGAUUCAAUCAUUACUUUAUAUCAAUUAUCCGUACACCGUCUCGUACAGUAGAUAAUUGAGAUGGUUUGUAAUCAUCUCUUGUCGUCACAUGCUAUUGGUAUCUUGUAUUAGAUUGAAGCAGUACAUAGCAGAAUUGUGCACUUUUAUCAAAUUUGUUCUAACUUAAGUUUUAAUUUUAUAGAUUAUUGGACAAAACUCAUGUUACUUUUCUCAUCUAUUACCAAUUUCCUUCUUCUAUUUCAAACCACCUAUAUCAGUAUUGAAGUGGUACUACUAGAUUGAAUCUCUGUUGCAAAUAAACAUGUUGAUACCAGUUUGAUAGUUUAUUUCUG